AUGCCGGACUACACAUCGUUCGUGAAGUACUUCAAUGAGUACCCGAACAUUCCCGCGAGCGAGACAUCGGCGUAUAGCCGCAUCGCGGAUACAACCUGGCGUCUCUUAACGGCCUCUGAGAAGGACAACACCGGCGCAAAAAGCUCCGCCGCGACGGCGGCGGGGUGCCCCCCAAUUGUCAUUGGGCGGCUGCUUGUGUCUACCGAGGAUCGCUGGCGCAUUCAGGCGCAUAUACGGCGCGAGGAGGCGAAGGCCGGCGCCGGAAGAAAGGAGUACAACAAGAAGGUGACGCGUGCGACGAUAAACACAAAGGGACCGCUGCAAAACGGGGGAUUUCCCCCUGGGAGGGGUCGGUCAGUGUGA